GGGAAAGUGGGCCGGGCUGCACACCCCCUCAGGCUUUAUAAAAAUUCCCUCAUACAUCCGCCUUGCGCCGCACAUUAUAAACAAAGCAACGUUUCUGUCACUGCAACAAAUAGUGCUGUUUGAAAAGAAAGGAGAGAAAGUUUGUGGACCUUUUUCUGUGGAGUUUUCAACUUUGGACAAUCAGAAAUAAAACCAAAAGGUAGGUUUCUGUUUUGAAAUACUUUGUUUUCUAAAAAGCCUGGCGCGUCCUUGACAGUUGAUAGUUUUCCUGCAUGUCUGAACAUGUUGCUUUUCCUGUUUGACGGUGAAUCGCCUCAAAAUUAUAGUCUCACUUAAAGUGACUGUUUUUGUUAAAAUCCUAGUUUUUUUUGGACCUAUAAACACAAAAAACAACCCAGCUCACACAGCAAAACACGGCACUUUAAAUUGGAUAAUGCUUUUUCUUACUUUUUGGCAUAAAACUGUGUUAUUGUAUGUGUAAAUGCUGUUCUUUCCAGAUUUUAUUAAUUUAUUUUCUUCAAGUCUGAGGAGAAGCAUAUAAACAGGUGGGCGAACCUGAUCUUAGGUCAACAUGCUUUUCACACGUGACACAGACUGGAGGCACACAGGCACAAAAACACUGAAGCAGCAGGUAUUUGUGGAAAAAGCGGUGCAAAUUUUAAGUAAAUAUUCUUCUUUUUAAUUCUUUAGAACCUUGCUGCAAAAAAUGUGUAAAAUUUCUGUCAAAUAGCAAACAAAUAUAGAAAAUGUAGACACAAAUUGGAGUCAAUAAGCUCUGCUUUUUUACACUCUAUCAAGCUAAAACUACCUUUCCCUUUUUUGAUGUGUUGAUUGUUUAUGAGUUAAUGUUAAUGUUUAUGAUUUUAAUUUAGUCAUAAACAAGGAUCAGUCACGCAAGAAAAAGGAACAGCUGCUUGAACUGGAGAUGUUUUUGUAAGCGUGAUCCCCCCUAAAAAAGCACCCUGAUCCCCUCACCCUCCACUUUACUGUAGAACCCACGUUUUGAUAUCUUUUACAAUCUGAAAAUGUAGGUCUGUGUCAGCUUAGUCUAACAGGCCUGCUGCUGCUACUGCUGCUGCUGCUGCUCUGCUGAUAUUUCAGAACCAGGGAUUUGACAGAUUAAGUGAGUUCCCAAAGAUUAGGGAAGCAAUCAUUGUUCCUGCAGAUGGACGCCCAUGGAUUUAAAACUAUAUGGAGGCAAUGCAGGAAAGAUGUCCUGGCCUUGAUUCUCCCGAAAAAUUCAGACUGGCUGCUUAAAUCCAAUCGGUCCAUAUGUUUCUCUGUCUCGCUCUCUCAGGGCGCGGGGGAAGAGUUUGAGCUCAGGCUGUUUUGUAACUUAGAUGUUCUGGCUUAAAACUGUGUGGUGUCUCUGGAUUUAUUCUGGAAAAACAUGUGGGUCUGAGAGUUGAUGUUGUUUUCCAUCUAAAGCUGGGACCAAAUUAUGGGGCUGUGGAGUGGGAACAGCGAAACCUGGUUUCUAGGGAACUGCAUGUAAAACUUAUCAAGAAAAUCUUGAUUUUGUCAAAGUUCUGGGGAAUAAGGGAUGACAGGAAUAUGUUGUUAGAGUUGUGUAGAUUAUCACACUACUUUUGAGCCAGAAAAUGCUGAUUUACAACUAUUUUUUGUUUCAGAAACAGUUGAACCCUCAUGGCCAGUAUCCUACCUGAAGUACUUAUGUGAUAACAGGACAAAAUUUGCAGAUCACCCUUGCCUGUAUCCUCCCUCUGUUUCCUGUUCUGGAUUGCAUAAUGUAUUUUCACUUCUGCCAGCCCCAAAAGCCCUCUGAGUGAAUAGUUUAUUUUCUUCCCCUUAGCGUGACACUCUCUUAAAAACAUACGCGCGCACACACACACACACUGGGACAUGAGUUUCAAUAGGGAAUAAGCAUGUAGGAACUGGUUUGACAUAGUUAAAGACAACACACGACUGUUGCCAAUGACGCCCAGCCGGUCUGGAGUUGAGCCAAUUCAAAGAAAGCCCCCCUGCUGCAGCAGCAGCAACAGAAAAUCCCUGUGAGAAAAAGAAACACCAUCUUACUUUUUAGUUUUUUUAUUGUGCUUUCCAAGUUAAAUCAUUUUUCAGAAGCAUGUGUGUUGCUGUUUUCCAUGCAGAUCAUCUGAUUUGACUCACAGAGGUCUUCAUCUUUGGAAAGAAUGUGACAAAUCGUUGCAUAACACACGCCGGGAGGACAGCUCUCAUAUCUACUAGCUUCAGAUCAGGAUCCUGUGGGGUUAAACUAACACCCCCCCCUCUGUCUGCUCUUUGGACAGGUGAAACAUUAGCCCAGCAUGGUGACCAGUCAGAGGCGCAAGGCUAGAGUAAACAGCAGGUGACCUAGUUGUAUCUGCCAGGCGCUCCCACUCCGUUGCUCUGCUGCCAGCAUGCUAACAGGCUGACAGGUGGCCGCAAGAACAGAGGAAGUCUGCAGGCUUGUUUCUGCGCUAAUAAGCAACCGUGUUUGCAAAUAGACUUGACAAAUACUCUUAAAGGAUCCCCACCACCAUGUUGAUCCCUGAGCUCUCUCUCUCUCUCCUAAUCUUUCUACUUUUUUGAUCAUGAUGUGAACUCCUCUGUCAUUUCUCUGGAAUCUCGCCGGGGGCUGACUUCUCACCCUCCCUGACAAAGCCCCUGCAGUGUGGUGGCGGCCAUGUUUUUGGAGGCCUCAGCAGAAAAAUGAACCUGUUGUUUGAUACUCCUCUUCCUCUGUCCUAUUGUGAGAUCCGGCUUGCUCCAGUCAGCUCCCUGCUCUCGAAGUCAGGGGAACAUGUGUCUGUGUGUGUCUGUUUGUGUCUGUUUGUGUGUGUCUCAUGGGCGAGUUUAAAAUGCAGUGAAUCACUUCCUUCUUGCAAGACCACCGUGAUGUGAUGAGGUUUUCGUAUUAAGACAAAGAAAGCACGGGACAGAUGGAAAAAGUCUGGAAGGAGCGAACAUAGGGACUGCAACCAAGUAGAAACCAAGACAAACUGAGAAAAGAGACAGAACAGAGAGAGUGAGAAAGCAAGCAAAGGCAUGAAAAGAGGCUGGGAUGUAUCGAUGGGAAACAGGGUGUCCGUUGCUUCCUGUGUCUGGGUCAGUGAAGGCCAGCUCUCAGGGGCCACUGGUGCCAGUGGACAAAGAGCCCUCUAAACUGGCUGAUUUCAUUUGCAUGCAGAGUCGCGGCCUCAAAGCCCGCAUCAUGAUCCCUUCUCUUUUCAGCGCGCUCUCCCUCUCUCUGUUUGUUUUUGCCCCUCUUUAUUGUGUUCUUCUGCUGAUGAAAUAAACAUAUAGUCUGAAUUAUCGGCAGGGAGGGGCUGCUUUAAGUUUCAGUGAUAGUCUCAGGGAGUUCAUGAGACUUUCUUUCUUGUGGGAGGUUCAGGCGCGGCUCCAUUAUGUGGUCGCAUGUCGGAGCAGAUCACAGCGCCAGCCUCUGCAUGUACUGUUGUUGGGUGUGUGUGUACAAAAAGUGUGUUGGAGUCUGUUGCUCAGGUCCCCUGUUAUUGCCUUUGUGUUGAUAAGAAACACGCCCACCUCGGGUUCAAACAGUCUGUCAUUUUAUUAUCCAACCUGAGCCACACCUCUUCUGAUCAUAGCUCUCCUAGACGAGCACACCUAAGAAUUUUCUGGAGUGUAAUCCAGAGUAUCUCUUUCUCCAGAUCGCCGCCUGACUAACUUUUCUGUCCUCUCCGACUUCCAGGCUCUUCUACAGCUCUUCGAAAUGGAUGACAUCCAAGUUGUUGAGUCCAAACCCCUGCUGGUCGACAAGGAGCUGCCGGUAUGUUUGCUGAUCUUGGCCAAAUCAAAUAGUGUUUUAAAAGAGAUGUGUUUUGACAUGCUUGAGUUUUGUAAUACUCCGAUUAAUAUGAUUCAUAACUGACAAGCUGCUUGUGUGGUUUCAAAGUGCGUUCGCAGCUCAGCUGUACUUCUGCAUUCAGGAUUCUGUAACAUCAAAAUGAACCUCAACACAUGCGCUGUUAUCGUUAUUAGAUUAGAUAUAAAACUCACGCAAUCAAUUCCAGAUAAAUCGGACACUUUUCUUUUGUUCUUCCCAAAAUUGUUCAACACGAUUUGGACUCACCGAACUGAGCUGACCUGAAUAGGUUUAUAAUGUCUGACCUUUGUCUCAAAGGCCCCACCCAGUAACACAGAAAAUCAGGGGUUAUAAAAAUGGCAGACACAUUCACAAAGAAGAUAACAUCACCAGGAUAUUUGAUUAUAGCAUGUUGCACUAUAAUUGCAUUAGGUUAAUACUGUCUGUUUUUUCCUUGUAGGGCCUGAGAGAGGCUGUGCAGCAGCUGGUUGUCAAGGUACGUUCACAGACACAACAAUCCCUUCAAUCCCAGCUGAAAACUUCUUCUUUUUAACCCCAUUUUUUUAUUACUUGGUACCAUCUAGUGGUUAAUGUGGAGAUAUAACUGACUCACAUUUAGGCGUUGGCCUUCAUCCGCUGUGAUUUUAUGAAGGCUGAACUUAAACCUGGCCUCCUCUGGUUUAGUCUGCCUAUGAAAAGGGUGGCACACCUCUAUCAGGGUUUGUUAUAUAACAUAAGAGCAGAUGGAUCAGAGCUCUUUGAAUCCCUCACAAACUAACAUAAACAUACACAUGGUGGUUGGUAUGAGGGUGCUGUUUAGCCUGGGGGUCAGUCAGCACCUUGGACAGCUCUUCCACUCUUAAAGCCCAGUUCUUGCAGGUAGAUGCUGGGCUCUGUGGUUGUUGUAAUCCAGUAUUCUUUUAGUCCAUUAGAAGUAGAUAACACUCUAUUUUUUAGAGAUAGAAUAUUUAAAACUCUGGAAUUUCCUUGGGUUGUCUAAUCCAACAUGAGGGAAGAAGACCCCCAUGGUGCUUUGUAGUUACAGUUCUGAUUCAAGCUGAAGUUUUCCUUCUUGUUGAAUUGAAAGGGGCAAACUAGUUGAACUAAAGUGAACACUGUGUUAAGUAGACAAGCAGCCUACCAGCACGUCCAAACCUCAAACCUGCACAAACUCACUAAAGAGGUUCAUUUUCUGUUCUAAAAGAAAGAUUAAGAUUAGGUCUAAAGUUGUCUUGAAAGUACUGCGUCAGUAUGUGGAGCUUUUUCCUCCUCCUUGCCAAAGAGUGUACUGACCCUUUUUUAGGUGUGUAACAUCUGAUCUGACCUUUCAGCUGACUCAGUUCCAUCAACGAGCUAAUACUGCCUUUAAAACUCUGCCAAGUGAGGUGACCUGAAGGAUGUAGGAUAAGUGUCUGACUUUUCAUUGGCACUUCAGAGGAUUAGUCGAAGAACACUCUCCUCUCCUUUUGCUUUUCUUACAUAUAUAAACAUAUAAAAACAUAUACAGGGUAUUUUAAAAAACGGACAUGGAAUUACACACCCACACUUAUCUCAUUGCAGGAUUAUCUAGGCUUUUUUCCCCCACAUGGUUGUUGUUGUGUGUCUGGUGAAUACGCAGAAUGGGUGGAGCGAGGGGGAAUCCUUGGUUGUUUACGUGUCUGUUACGUCCAAUUGGAUGUUCCUGGAGAUCCCAGAGUAGAACUGAAGCAGCUAGAACUGGUUUGAAAAUGACCUAACAGGUACAGGUCAGCAUGGGAAAGGUUUUUAUUUUUGUUUAGACACCGCUCAAACAGUCUAUUUUAGAGCGUUAGUGGAAAAUAAGACGAGAAGUGUUUUUUUUUUAAAAUAAAAUAAAAUUGGUGUUACACAUAAAAUAUAAAUUUCAGUAAGUAGAAAACUUUGGUGAUCUGAGGUUCUGUUUUAACUUUCUAUCUCCUUUUUAACAAUAUUUCAAAUAAAUCCGUCUGUGACCAGCUGUUUAUUGUUUUAUUUAUAGGAAACUGGAAUUUUUUAAAGUUUUCUUUUGGGGAUUUUGGCUUUUUUUUUUUGUAGGACAUGUAAAGAAAGGCAGGAAAUAUUGGGAGUAGAGAGUAAGGGCAAAACACGCAGUAAAUAGUUAUGGCUGGCGACCAUAGCAUCUGUACAUGGGGCGCGUGUUUGAGGGAACAGAAUUUGGUUUAUACUUCAAUUUUGGAUCAAAACUGAAACCCUUCAUUUGAAAAUUCCUCCAUAUUUAUAUUUCUGUCUCUGCAGCCCAUUCAUGCAGCAUGCCCCCCACUGGUAACACUCCCAUUCUUUCUAAUGUAAACUUCACAGCAGCCAAUGGCCUUCUGUCUGACUUUGGCUGAUCCAAUUUAGAGAUCUCUCCAGCCAGAGUUAGCUUGUUUUGACCAGCCUGCAAGGCACCAUGGGAGGCCAGAGGCUUAAGCCAGCUGGUAAGCAGUGGGGGGGUAUAAAACCGAGCUCUCAGCGCAAGGCUAAACAAUUUCAGCGGCUUACCAACAUUUGGAUUUAUAGCUCAGGGAGAAAGACUUGUUCAGAAGCGAGCAGCAUUGGACUCGUCUCCUGCAAACAUGGUUCUGGAAGAUUCUGAUGUGGAGAUGAUUGUUGCUGAGAUUGAAGUCAGCGUGAGUACACUUGAGGGCUUUACUGACGUGUUUGUGAUGAGAAUUUUACUGCAGGUUUGUUGGUGCAGGUGUGAGAUUGUUAUAUAUUUGUGAUGCGCUGUUUUGUUGCUCAUGGAAGGAAGUUUACAGAUGUCAGACACUGGAAAAGCCUGAAGGUGCUUGAGGCUGUUUCGUAAUUUUAAUGGAAAAAUUAGAUAGAAAAACUCUGAAUUCUUACAGCGUUAAGAGGAUUUCUGUUAUUAGAUUUGGCAACAGGAAAACUUUUGUUUUUUUUUAAGCCAAAGCAUUUCAAUUGUGCUGGUAGAAACUGUAUUCAGGUCUGAGGAAUAAGUCCACUGUGCAGGGGAGCACCAUUUUCUCUUCUUUUUAAUUUUUAAUCUGGUAAAAAAAAAAUUAUCCUGGCAUUUUGGGUUAAAUUUGGUCUCUCUUUGCCUCCACAGGAGCAUGAUGUGGAGACUCCUUAUGGAAGGGUUCGUUGUACGAUGAAGGGGGUUCCCAAGGGUGACAGACCAGUGAUCCUCACCUACCAUGACAUUGGACUGAACCGUAAGCUUCCCUCCUAAUUCAGGUCAACACAGGUUAAAAAACAUCUGCUGUUAUAGCCAAGGGUCUACGUGUUUUAAUCCCUACACAUUAGCUUCCCAAGAAGUUGUUUAAACUCAAACUAAGCCUAUUGGAGGGCAGCAGAUGACCGAUAUAAUUGGCCUGAUAACGGUUGGCAGUGAGUUUGAAUGUAACCUGAACAAGGCCAUUUAAUGAUUUUGUUAUUUUGUCUGUACACUGCUUGGCCGAGUUGUAAUAUACCUCUGUUGUUGCUCAGAGAAAAAGAUUUAGGAUGGUUAAUUAGGAGGAAAAAAAAGUGCAUUAAUAUCUCGUUUGAAUCUUCCGUUUCACAGAUCUUACAUGUCUGAGUGUAAAUGUCUGGCCCGUUAGCAUGCCAGAGUUUUUAAAUAGACCUGCUGUACCGUCUUUAAACUCCUCUUAGCUUCCUGACACAUUUUAAUAAUGGUAUUAAAUCUUCCGAGAGGAUGACCCACUGCACCUACAAAAACAAACUCGGCAUGGCUCACAUUCGGGUUAUUUUAGGUCGUUCUUGCGUAUCUGCCAAGAAUCACUCAUCCACCUCCACCUUCUUUUUUUUCCAGACAAAACCUGCUGGAACACGCUCUUCAGCCAUGAAGACAUGUCCGAGAUCAUGCAGCACUUUGCCGUGUGUCACGUCGACGCCCCCGGGCAGCAUGAGGGAGCUAACACCUUUUCCACUGGGUGAGCCAAACACAAACACAUAUAGAGGCACUUGGAUGUAUGUCAAGCCGUCUGUGACCUUUGGCUGGGCAGAUAGAUCACGGAUGUUCUUAGGUUGACCUAAUUUGUUGAGUGUACUGCAGGUAAAGGUCUUUAUCUUCUUUGACUUAAUCUGUGUACUUGAUGGCUGAACUUUGCCUCCUGUUAAUGCUACCUGAACAGAACAUGAUGUGGAGGCAGAUAGAGAUAUAUAUUAGAGUAAUAAAAAUGAUGAUUAGAUAGGGCAGUAGGGCAGUAGUUGUUAAAUUGAGUCGUAACAAUGUGUGUUUUGUUUCCUAGAUACGAAUACCCAUCUAUGGACCAGGUCGCUGAGACCCUCCCUCAUGUGUUGAAGCACUUUGGGUAAGCUGAGCUGCAGUUUCACACUGACUUUCAACAUUUUUAAAUCAAGAUCUCUUCUAACCUGUUGUUCUAACAGUUUCCAUGUCUGUCUGCCCACAGGCUGAAGAGUGUUAUUGGCAUGGGCAUUGGAGCAGGGGCCUACAUUCUGACCAGAUUUGCUGUAAGUCUCCCUCCUGCCCCACUCUCUCUCUCUCUCUCUCUCACUCGGGCUUAAUAAUUAUAACUUUUAAUCAUUUAAGGAUUAACAGAAGUGUUUCUUCUUAUUGCUGUUUUUGGCAAAAAAGUGCAGCUUAUUGCUCGAGCCUGCUGAGCCAUAAAAGUCUCAGGAAUGUUCCAGAUCAGUUCAACACUAACACUGUGCUCAGCGGGCAGUCUCACUGUGUUGACACAAGGCUGACAGAGAUGCAGCAUUUAACUAUUUGCAGCAGCUCAAAAACAAAUUUAAAUGCACUUCAUGAAGAAGAAAUGUGUCAUAUUUAAAACCUGUCCUGGCCCAGAUUUGCAAAAAUAACAGGAAAUUACAGAAUAUGCUUUUAAAGAAGAAUGAAUACAAACUAAAACAGUUGCUUCUAUUAAUUAUUUGCAAGCGAUGUGUGUAAAUAUUUCAUCUUUUGUGUGUCUCAGCUGGAUUACCCGAACAUGGUUGAGGGACUGUUGCUUAUCAACAUCAACCCAUGUGCUGAGGGAUGGAUGGACUGGGCUGCGCACAAGGUAACGCACGCUAAUAAGUCAAACAUCUGCACAGUUUUGCAGAAGUUCCCUUUAAAUGUUUCUUCUCUAGAAGCUAGCAAAGGAUAAAUAUGCAAAUUAAGUUUUUGUAUUUUAUUUUAGAUCCACGGGUGGACCCAUGCUGAACCUGACGUGAUCAUCUCCCACCUUUUUGGAAAGGUACAUACUCAGAUUAUUCUCUCUUCUCCUCACACUGGAACUCGAAAUGUUUCCCCGCAGCUAUAUGAGGAAUUUAUUCUUCGGUGAGUUGUACUGAUUUUCAUCUGGUCCCUACAGGAGGAAAUCCACCACAACCAGGACCUGGUGGGAACAUACCGCCACCACAUCGUCAAUGACAUGAACCAGUUUAACCUGCACCUCUUUGUUAAGUCUUAUGAAAGGUAAGAGAGAGAGAGUAGGGGGGAUUUGUAGCGAGGCUCUCUAGGAUUUAGAUUCACUGAGUAUAGUGUAACCUGGCUGUUAAAUCUAAACUAUUUAAUCGACAAAAAUCUGGACAUUGUUAAACUUUUCUGUCUCUUUCUUCAGCCGGAGGGAUCUGGAGGUUGAGAGGCCGGUCCCUGGAAGCAACGUCAGAACCCUGAAGUAAGUUGUCAGCGAGCAACAAACACCAAAUGCUGAAUAUUACAUUUUACAAGUGAAUAUUUAGCCCAGGCCACUCUGUAACUCAACAUUUCUCUAAUCCAGGUGCCCAUCUCUGCUGGUGGUUGGCGACAGCUCUCCUGCAGUGGAUGCUGUGGUGAGUUCAGCUGGCUUUGAUGCUAACGAUUAGACUCCCCACCGUGGUUAAACAUGGGUGAAAUGUGUUUUCCAUUUACGUCAGUCAAUCAUUUAAGCCCGAAAGAUAUGCAAGAUUAAACCCUGAGGCGAGAACAAAGUUGGGAACAGAAAUCAAGUGACGCAGAGACGUUUUGAUCUUUUAGAUCAGAGAGGCGCCACAAAUCCCUCAGAAAAUCCAAACUGAGUAAUGUUUUUGACUCUUUUUCUUUUUACAUAUACUUGUAAAUGCAAAGUUAUGCUCUCAAUAAGCUUUCAAAAUAUCUUCACUUGUUGUAUUGCCUCCAUUUUUUUCCACUAAUGUCUUUUUUGGUGUGAAUAUAAGAAUGUAACUCAUGUUCUUCAUCAAUAUUGAUAAGAAAAAGAGAAUAAAUACAACAAACCUGAUAGAAAACACAGCACUUGUAACAAUCCACCUAUUGUUUUUCGUGCUCAGUUCCAGGCUAGAAAAUCUUUAAAAUUUGCAGCUUAGAUUCAUCAAGUUUACGUGACUAAGCAGCAAAAAAACAACUCAAGUCCAGAUAUCAGUUUGAGUGUCACAAUAUUUUGCUCAAUGUCGCCAUUUCUGCCCUCAGGUUGAGUGCAACACCAAGCUGGACCCAACAAAGACAACCCUGCUGAAGGUAAACGGCCUUUUUUCUCCUCCACCUCCCGCCCCACAUCCUUGUUCAGAUUAUAAUAGCCUUCACGGAAACGCAUCAGCUGAUAAGAUUCCAGUGACUCAGCAAUUACCUGGUGACUUAUUAACCAGUUGUUCUGAAAGCUGGACGCGUCCGUGCGUUCGCAUGAGGCCUCUGCAGUCUGCUGCAGCUGACCCACUUUUUUUUUGUACCUGUUGCAAAUUUAUGAUCCACAUCUGAAAACAAAUAGGUCCUGUCAGAGCUAAAAUAGGUGCCAUUUAUUGGGGUCAAAUGUUCAGGGUCUGACAGAACACGGACCAGAGUCAGCGGGGGCAACGUGUUCAAAUGGGACACGUCGAGUGUAAAUUGAGGGUGUAAUGGCGUGUGUCUACUAUUGUGUGAAUGUAAAAGUGCAAACACGCUAAAUGCUAAUAGUGCUUUUCCCCCUCCUCUCUCCAGAUGGCUGACUGUGGAGGCAUGCCCCAGGUUGACCAGGUGUGUAUAAGUGUGUGAAACUUGACAGAGGUCAUGCCAUGGAGCUCAGCAGACAGGGUUUUAUUAUCAGGCUGGAUGGCUGAAGGAGGUUGCACUUAAGAGCAUUAGCAAGUAGCAGACAUGAACCUCAGUUGUGAGGUUGUAAUCCUGCUCACAGCAGCUGUCAUAUCUCAGAGCCUGGGUGGUAAUCUGCCAGGUGACAAAUUGAGUCUGUCAGUGUUAUGUAAACAAGUGUGAUAAUUGAUGACAGGAGGACUAAUUAUCAACAAUUUUUCUGUUUUUUUCUUUCUACUCUGCAGCCUGCAAAACUGACGGAAGCUUUCAAGUACUUCAUUCAGGGCAUGGGAUACAGUAAGUACUCCAAACAUGCAGGAUAUCCAGAAAAAAAGGCAAUAUCUCAGUAAGACUGCAAAUAUGGCAUCCAGGUUUUAAAAGAUGCGUUUACUGCCAUCUUGUGGUGAGAUAAAGAACUUUGGGGUGGUGUGCUCCUCUUCCCCCUCUAGUGUUGGGUAAUAAAUGACUCCUGCGCUCACUGGGGUAUAGCUUGCACUCAGUUCAACGUCAAAUCCUGAUGUUUUUGUUCCGCAGAGGAACAGAGUGUGCGAUUACAGCUGUGGGAACGAUGAUUUUACUCAUUUUCUAGAAAUAAAAAUACGUUCAAAACUUUACGAAAGAUAAAAGCAGUUGUUUCUGUGUCACUGUGGCGCACUUUCAAAGCAGAUCCCUCAGCUCCAAGCAUAACUGUGUAACUAUUUGACGAUCAAUGAUGAAAAUCAAUAAUAAGAUCAAUCUUCUUCUUUCCUCAGUGCCCUCUGCCAGCAUGACCCGCCUGGUCCGCUCCCGCACUGCCUCCGGCUCCAGCGUCACCUCCUUUGACGGCAACCGCUCACGCUCCCACACUCAUGAGGGCAACCGCUCCCGCUCACACACCAACGAGGGCCGCAGCCGCACCCACACGGCCGACAACCAGCGCACUCGCUCCCACACGGAGGGCUCCAUGGACGGCGCGGCCAACAGCAACGUGGACCAAGCCGUUCCCAAGUCCACUGAAGUGUCCUGCUAAGUGAAACCUCAACUCUCCAGACGCCCCCGACCCCCCCAGAAAAAAACCUGUGCAGGUUCCUUCGGUUCGUGCUGCGCUGCCUCUAACUCACACUCACACACACAAAAAGUUGGCGAAGGAAACCUGGGAUGGAAGAAAUGCAGGUGGACUCUCACCUGCAGACUUUUCAUUGCAGCUGAGAUGCUCCUUUUGUCAUUUUAAGAAUCAAACAUAUCCCUGAACAGGAAAUUGCUUCUCCCUUUCACAUGAGUGUGUUGUUAGAGGCAGCGCAGCACCUGGAAACACCGAAGCAGAGAAUGUCAAAGACAGCUGUGGCUACGAGUACACCAGCUUGUACAUUAUAUCUCUCAUAAUCUCUCAUACGUAUAAAAAUCUGUUUUAAUUUCCAUUUCUGUGCUCCCUCACCCUGUUUGUAUCCAUUUUGACCACAUUGACACAGCUUUCUCGAAAUGUACCUGACUGUAAAUGACUGUUCCAUGUUGUCUCUGUAAUUUUUUUGAUCAUUUACUCUUUAUUUUCAAUGUUUGAAGUUUUGUCCUUUGUACGUAGGAGCAGAUUUGUAGACGCUGAGAGAGGAUGGAGAGGCACUUGAAAAGGCAGAAGUGGCGGUUGGCCAUGAAACUUUAAAAAUUAAGGGACAGACUUCGGAUAUAUCGUGUAUAUACAGAAAAUAACAGUGCUAAAUUCUGCCAAUGUCAUCCAAAACAACCUCAAAAAUUUCAAGUCACUCUUCGUUAAACUUUUCAAGAAUCAAAUGAUAAUUUUUUCACUUCAUUCCAAUGAGACUGUGUGCAAAUCAGAAACCAUCCUGAAACACAAAUUCAAACUCUUUAACAUCCUGUGCUUUAUUUGAAGAUCACGGCUUCAGACAAAAAAACUGUUUUUUAUAACCAUGAUUUCUAUGCAAUCAAGAACAAAGGAACAAAGACGUGCCAUGGAAAUGUUCACUCUGUAGGUGCAAUGCUCCCAUGCAGUUUGUGGGAUUAUCAGUGGGCGAUGUGAUAGCUCCACAUGUUAACAUGAGGCUAGCUGUAGUAGCUGACCUGAUACCUUCUGCUCCUGUAUCUUACUUGCACUACAGCAACAGUCUGCUUUGUAGAAGACCUAUACGGCUUUGUAAAGAUGCGAUUCACAACUGUCUAAUGCUGUAGAGAAGCAUUAAAGUGACAUAACAGUUUGUAUUUAUUAAAAAAAUGACAAUAAAAAAAACUCGUAACUGAUAAUCCAUUGUUAUGUUUUUAUUGCAUACAGAAAUGUGGUCCCAGAAUAAGGAUUGGUCUUUGGCUCUUAAGUCCUUUCUUGCCUUUUGAACAGCAAUUACACAACACAUUUUAUGACAUGAAGGAAAUAUACAAAAAGCAUGAGCUACUUGUGAGUCUGAAGCUCCUGUGAGGAAAUUUUGGAUGCAAAUGAAACUCCCCUUGAUGCCUUUUUAUGACAUAAGAAGGCAAAUGAGAGCAUCAGCAAUAAGACGAGUGAUGCCUGUAAGCGGGUAGCCGAGUAGCUUAAGAAAGACCCAGUUUGUUUUCCACUUUGAAUAUUCACAUUAAUAUGUCAAAAGGAGAGGAUGAGAAUUUUUUUUAAUCACAUGACAACAUGAGUAUAUAGCAGACAAGACAUGCAAAGACUGCUCUGUCCAUAGGGGGCGCCAAAGUCGUAACAAACCAAAAAUUCCUCACAGGAGCUUUUAAGCCAGACAUUUUUUGGCUGCUGUGUUAUUAUAUAUAUAAAAAAAGCUCCAUAAAUAAAUUAUGCCUUUGAUAUUUCACACUCAGUUCUUCAAAUACUUGUAAAUACAAAAGCACAGUUUGCUUGAUGAAUCCAUUCUUGGGAGACAUUUACAUUUUGUAUUUACAGAUUUUUCCAAUAGGAAAAAAGAUGAUAAGAAAUUCCCUUAUGCUCAGACACACAAAACACAACCAACAAACACUGCAGAGGAAGAAUAGGUAUGAGGAAGUCUGGGUGGCUCUGCAGGCACAGAGCAUGAUUGCCUUCUGUUAGUUCAUGACUUCUGAGUAACCAUAGUAACUCUCCAGCUCGGCAAAGAUGUCAUUGGGGUUUUUGCAGCUGAGGUUGCAAAAGCACGCCUGGACCCACAUCAUCUUCCAGGUGAACCCGGACCCGUUAGGACACUCAAAGUCUACGUCGAUGGUUUUGGACUUGUAGGGGAUGCAGCAGCGCUCGUCAGUGCAGACGCCGCAGUAUUUGGGCCGGUACUGCUUCUUGCUGGUGCAGCCAGAGAUGGUGAGGUUGGUGGGCUGAUCCUCCCUGUAGAUGUUCAGACAUUUCUUCCCCGGCU